ACCUUCCAAUGCCCUCAAUGCCACCGAAGUUUUGGGAGGAUUGAGCAUCUCAGACGCCAUGCUAACAGUCAUGGUGAGGCUCGAUCUUUCAAAUGUGCGGCAUGCAAUAAAGGCUUCAAUCGACUUGACACACUUCAACGGCACGAACUAAUACAUCAAAAAGAUCCUGGAGUCUCGAAGCUUAAAGGAGCAAGAGCUUGUAAGGAGUGUGCAGGUAGUAAGGUCCGCUGCAACGGGACCCUACCCUGCCAGAGGUGCAGUUCCAAGAAUGUUGAUUGCAUAUAUCCGAGUGCUGGCAGCCCAGCACAGGCCAUGGACUCGCCAUCGUCUGCUAUAUCCGACUAUGCAUCCACUCCCGGGACAUCGGAUAACAUCUCAUCCUCCGUACUCGAGUCCACGGCGUUUCCCCGUCAGUUGGAGCAGUCAUUGCCAUAUAUUGGCCAAGCUGUGCCAUAUCCGGAGCAACCCAGCACCAAUAUCGCAGAUCCAUGGAGCUGUGAUUCACGUCCAGGCGUAGCAUCUCAGCCCCCUCUUCUCAUGUCAGAAUCGUUCUCUGCAUAUGCUCAAAAUCUCUUGCCACAAUCCACUUUGUCGCCGUUUGGAGGAUCUUACUCUGGCACAGAAGCCUCAUUCGAGAUAUCUCACGGUUCUCCAUUUCCUAGAGAUCGUCAUGCAAGCCUGGAUCAGCUAUCAACAAGACCUCGACUCGCACCCAAUAUGAGGGCGAAGACUGUCCUUUUGGAUUCUAGUAGUCCUAAUUCACAGCUCACGCUCGCCAGCCUUAGAGAGGAGCCUGUCUUCAACCGUUCAGACGUCCGUGGAUCUUUUCACAGGUCCUUCAUUCCUGCGACUACUUACCUGAGUCGUAGGCGUCGACUCAGCUUUCCAUUGUCCGGCGACGUGUUACCAGCCUUCCAAGACAACAGCUACAUUACUUUUAACAUGUUGUCCGAACAAACGUACUUUAGCAUACAACAGUCCUUCAUAACUGUCUGUACUGGUCUCACGGCUUAUCAACCACCGUAUGGCUCGAGCUACUUUCCGUCGCUAAAGACUCUGAAUGCCCUAGUCAAGCUAUAUCUGGAGAGAUUUCAUCCUGUGCUGCCUAUACUUCACCAGCCCACGAUGAAUCUUGAUGGCUGCCACUGGAUCCUUAGCCUGGCUGUUGUGACGAUAGGAAGUCACAUGUCGGACUUCGAACAGUCCGAGGAAUACUCUUUGUGUUUCGAUGAGUUCCUGCGCCGAGCAAUAUCUGCUUUGAAUCCUCAUGACACGAUAGAUCGUAUCACUCUUUGCCAAGCAAAGUUACUAACCUGCAUCAAUCAGAUAUAUAGUGGAGAAGAGAGUUGGCAAGAAUCUGCUUACAACGAGUUCUUGACCGAUCUAAUCUCUUUCUGUCAGCUUGAAUGGAAAAUGUCGGAAACUGGUUUCACUACGUAUGCUUCAGAAGGCCAAGAGUCUGAGUUCUGGAAGCGGUGGGUCCAACUUGAGUCUUGUCGACGUACUGGAUAUGCAAUAUGGAUGCUUGACGCAAUGUGGGCUUAUCAAUUUCAAGUGCAGCCAAGACUUUCGCUGGCAGAUGGAAGGAUGCCUCUUCCAUGUCAGGAAGUACUUUGGGAAGCGAAGACGGCCUUGCAAUGGCAUCACAUCUUUCAGUUCUCGCCUUCGAACACAACACUUGCAUCAUGCUUGCAAUCGCUACAAAACGAAAAGUUUCUACAGAACACAAUGGGCGAAUUCAGCCGCAUAAUACUGGUCCACGGCUUUUACCACCAAUGCUGGGAGCUGGAGAGGGUCGAGAUAGAAUCGCAACCAAUACCCCAGCAGACAUCCAUGUACACGCGCUGGAGAAACUCGGCUUCGGGAUCGCUUGAUAUACUCGAGUGGAGCGCCAACAAUGUCGUGAAUGCGGCGAACGGCUUGGAACACCCAACACUGCUUCACAUCCAUCUGGCACGGAUUGUGUUAUUUUCACCAUUCCAGACCAUCUGCGAUCUAGCAUAUGGAAUGACAAAGGAAGACAGCAGCAUAAGCUCGGCACAGAUGACUGACCUACGUGCGGCAAUACGUAGGUGGGUCAACGAGGAUUCGAGCAAAGCUCGACUCGCCGCUUUACACUCAGGUGCAUUGCUGCGUCAUCUACACGCGUUCCAUACUAGCGGCUUUUACGAACCAUCAGCAGUCAUGCUCGCAACACUGACUCUCUGGGCAUACGGUUCGUUCGCGACAACGUCAACAAGCGCUGGCUCACGGAUACAACGACGAUAUUCGGAUACGCAAAUAGCGCCCAUCAGCAUCGCAAUAGAUCAACUGUUGGAGCCAGAAGUAGUGCGAUCUUUCGUGAGAGAUGGUAGGACGAUGGUACCAACUCUCCGAGGUGUAGGAAGUAUUCGUGGGCCCGGCGGGCCAGAACGAGUCCUGGUGGAAGGGUCGAAACUGGUGUCUGAGAUAGGUAGAUGGGGCAGCGGUCGUAAAGUCAGGCGGAUUUUGAACAAUCUG